GUUCCUCUUGACCUGACCUUUUGACCUCUUGACCUUUGUGCUUCCUCGUCCUUUGCUGUCAUCUGCAUGCCUCCGUCCACUCGUUGAUCGAUCGGUAUCUUUUGUCCAGUCGCGUGCACAUCCCCCGCCUUGCAUCUUCGGUACUCCACCUUUUUACAGCCCGCGGAUAACGGCCCUUAUCCCCAUCGAACUUUUUUGGACCAUCGACCUCUCUGGAAGGGUGUUGAUUCAACUCUAGAGUUCUACUUGACAGUUCUUCUCUAUAGACAACAUGGCCCAUAUCUCUGCCGAGUCUGUGGUCCUGGAGACCACAGUUGCUGAGCAGUCAGCUGCCGUUUCCCCGGCUGUGCCCAUCCCGGUACAAAAGGUCAAGGGCAAGAAGAGGUUCAUACAAAGCCUGCAACGCAUGUCUUCGUCCCCAUCUCUUGCAAAGAUGGGCAGGACACACUCUUCAGGAUACCGAAUUGGAGGAAAGGCCUCGGCUUCAUGCAUAUCACUCUCUUCAGGAACAUCUUCAUAUGGCUCUUACGGGAACUCGCUGGCUUCCGAACUCUCUGCUGGAUACUCAACAGCCCCGAGUUCGGCCAUGAACACUCCUGGUAUCCCAUUCCCUUCGUUCGACGACAAGGCACGCUCCCGCAACCUCAGCUCUGUGCCCAUUCCCGACUUUAGGACCACCACAAGAAUCACAGAAGAAGAAGACUACUUCUCCAUACCCGUACAGAAGCCUGUACAGAAGCAAAGGUCUUCGUUCAACUUCUGGAAAGAUCUACCAUCUGAGCUGGCCAUGCAAAUUCUCUCCUAUCUUGAGCCCAGAGAGGUUGUCAGGUGUUCGGCUGUUUCGAAACAAUGGCACAACAAAUGUUUUGAUGGUCAGCUCUGGUCUAUCCUCGAUACCUCCGAUUUCUAUCGCGACAUUCCUGCAAAUGCCCUGAUCAACAUUGUCACUUCGGCUGGUCCGUUCGUUCGCGAUCUCAAUCUUAGAGGCUGUGUACAGCUUAGAGAGAAGUGGCAUUCUCAAGGUCUUUCCGAAGCUUGCCGCAAUCUCGAGAACUUCUCACUGGAAGGGUGCCGCAUCGAGAAGACUGCAAUCCAUUGCUUCUUGUUGCAGAAUCCCAGGCUCGUCUACAUUAAUCUCUCAGGCCUCGCUGCUGCUACAAACUCGGCAAUGAAAGUCAUUGCUGACAACUGUCCCAAGCUUGAACACCUCAACGUCUCAUGGUGCAACAAUGUCGAUACGAGAGGGCUGAGGAAGGUGGUCGAGGCAUGCCCCGACUUGAGAGAUCUGCGUGCUGGCGAAGUGCAUGGCUGGGACGACAUCGACUUUAUGCAAAUCCUCUUCGAACGCAAUUCACUUGAGCGGUUGAUCUUGAUGAAUUGUGACUCGCUGAAUGAUGAAUCGCUGACCGUCUUGAUGGAAGGACAAGAUAGUGAGAUGGAUUAUCUGACCGGCAGACGUAUCGUCUCAGCUCGAAAGCUCAAGCAUCUUGAUCUCACUCGAUGCCGUGGCAUUAGCCACAAAGGCUUGGAAACUUGUGUUGACAGGCUUCCGGACAUGGAGGGUCUGCAGUUGAACAAGUGCCAUAGCAUAACUGAUGACGUUCUCACAUCGAUGCUAAACGGCAUGCCCAAGCUUACUCAUCUGGAUCUGGAAGAGCUUACAGAACUGUCCAAUACUGUAUUACAGUCACUCGCCAAUGCGCCCUGUGCGAAGGCUUUGCGACACAUCUCCAUCUCAUACUGCGAGAACCUUGGCGAUGUGGGCAUGCUGCCUGUACUUAAGAAUUGCACAAACCUUGAGAGUCUCGACAUGGACAACACGCGCGUCUCCGAUCUGUCUCUUGCCGAAGCUGCCGCAAUGGUGCGUGCCCGAGCGACUCGCAUUACACAGCCCAAGCAGCGACCUGCCGUUGGUCUUCGCCUUGCUGCAUACGAUUGUCAGAAUGUGACCUGGACCGGUAUUCGUGAGGUACUAUGGCGGAAUGCAGAAGUGUUCCGUAAGAUUGUGAAGCCCACACAAAUAACCUCAUCUGGAUCAGACGAGUCCUCAGUCUCAUCUGGACCUCCUCAACCACAGACAGUCCGCACGUACCCUACCGAAAUCAUCCAGCUCAAGUGCUUCUACAACUACCAGCCCACCGUUGAAGAGCACACCAAGCGUGUGCUGCGAGCCGACUUUGCAGCCGCCACACGUCUUGAGCGCAAAUGGGCCGAGUUCAUGAUCGCGCAGGAGGAGGCUGGUGCCAGUGGUGCUGGUGCUCGCAGACGCCGCCGUCGUGCUCGCGAAGCUCAAAUGAUGCACGCAGAUGAAGAGGACGGCGGUGUCAACGGCGGAGGUGCCGGUGUUGGUGGGGGACGCAGACGCAGAGCCAGAAGUGGUGGUUGUACCGUCAUGUGAAGCAUUACUGGAUCGGUCUUUCCCUUUUGUUUGUUCUUGCCGUCAUUCAAGCGUUUCAUUUGGGUUUUGGGUUGGAUCAAGGAUGGUUGGCGUUUAGAGUUGGGAUCGUGGGAUCAUCUUUUCCAUUUUUGCAUUUGCGAGCAAUCGCCAGGCAAGGACCUGUGCUGGUGCUUUCUUCUCCAUCAUGAUGGUCUUCAGAACAUUUUACAUUCAAGAAUGCAAAUCCUUUCACAUACCCUG